CGAUAGCGCAAUUUUAUAGUUUUACCACCACUAUUGUGAAACGCGCACGAAACGUUUUUAAUAGCCAAAAACAAGAAGAAAACUCGAACAAUAUUUGCAAUGUCCGAGGAUGAGGCGGGCGUGCAUCGCCUGGAGGGCACCGCCGGCCAGCCAGCACGCGGCGGCCUCGUCAUCAAGAAGUCCAAGGACAGCAGUGGGGGCAGUAAGGACGCUAGUGGCGGCAGUUUCAAAGUGCCGCAAGCAUCGUUGCUGGGCCUGGACAAAUUGGCGGCCAAACGUCGAGCGGAAAAGGCGCGCAACGAACGUCUGAUUAGCUUCAAGGACACCGAGUACGAUGAUGGCCAACACACUCCCAGCACACCCAAUUCCUCAGUCAAUGUCAGUGAGUUUGCAUUCAAGAAACCCGAUACCAAAAGCUUUGAGAAACUGAGUCGCCAGCUGCGCGAGCACAAAGACGAGACGCCCUCGCACACUGGCGGCGUCUCGGAGAAGGCACGCGAACGUCUGCGCGAACACAUUCAGCGUGAUCGCGAGCGGCACAAAGGUGGCGAUGGACGUGACCGGGAGAGGGAUCGUGAUCGCGAUCGUGAUCGAGAGCGAGAACGGGAUCGUGAUCGGGAUCGCGAACGGGAGCGUGAACGGCAGCGACGCGGCGACGAGCGACGCAAGCGGGCACGCGAUCAGGACAGGCGACGCGACAGGCAUCGAGAUCGAUCCGUGUCCGUGCGCAGCGAGCCGGGCACGCCAGGCAGCACCACCGGCGGCGGUGGCGUCUCCAACAGCUCCUGGGACGACGACGAUCAUCAAACGGGCAUCAAAUCGGACUGGGAUUUGCCCACCCCACGUUCCGGCUACGGCAGCAGCAGCGAUUGGAGUCGCUCCGAGCGCAGUCACAGUCGCUCGCGUCCCCCGCCAAGCAGUCGUCGUGGCCAGCAGACGGAUGACACGACACGUGCAACGCCUGCACAUCGCUACAAUCAAUGGGCACACGAUCGCAAGCGCAGUGGAGCAACACCCGCCUGGUCCGGCGAUGCCGAGUCACGGGAUCUGUGGGAGGAGGAGCAACGGCGCUUGGAUCGCGAAUGGUACAACAUCGAUGAGGGCUACGACGAGGAGAACAAUCCGUUUGGUGGCAGCAAUGCCGAUUACUUCCAGCGACGCGAGGAGCAGCUGGAGCAGAAGCGCAAGAAACGCAUCAGCGCCCAGCAGCGACAGAAUAAUCGCGACAACGAGCUGUGGGAACGCAAUCGCAUGUUGACCUCGGGCGUUGUCACCUCGAUCAAUGUGAGCGACGACUUCGAUGAGGAGGCGCUGGAGCGAGUCCAUCUCCUGGUGCAUCACAUAGUGCCGCCGUUUCUCGACGGGCGCAUUGUGUUCACGAAGCAACCGGAGCCGGUGGUGCCGGUCAAGGAUCCCACCUCGGACAUGGCGCUGUUGGCACGCAAGGGCAGCGCCUUGGUGCGCAAUUAUCGCGAGCAAAAGGAGCGUCGCAAGGCGCAAAAGAAGCACUGGGAACUCGGUGGCACCAAGCUGGGCAACAUCAUGGGUGUGCAGCAGCCGCAGGACGAGGACGAUGCCAAAUACGACAAGGAUAACGAUACGGCCGACUAUCGCAAGGAUCAAAAGUUUGCCGAUCACAUGCGCGACAUGCAGGAUCACAAAUCGGGAGGCGGCAAAUCCGAAUUCUCGCGCAAGAAAACCAUUGGAGAGCAGCGUCGCUUUCUGCCCGUGUUUGCCUCACGGCAGGAGCUCUUGAAUGUGAUACGCGAGAAUUCGGUGGUCAUCAUUGUCGGCGAGACGGGCAGCGGCAAGACGACGCAGUUGACCCAGUAUCUGCAUGAGGAUGGCUACAGCAAGAGCGGCAUGAUCGGUUGCACGCAGCCGCGUCGUGUGGCCGCCAUGUCGGUGGCCAAGCGUGUCUCUGAUGAGAUGGACACCCAACUGGGCGAGGAUGUGGGCUAUGCUAUACGUUUUGAGGAUUGCACCUCGGAGCGCACAGUGAUCAAAUAUAUGACGGAUGGUAUUUUGUUGCGUGAAAGUUUGCGUGAUCCCGAUCUGGACAGCUAUGCGGCCAUUAUAAUGGACGAGGCACACGAACGUUCGCUAUCCACCGAUGUGCUCUUUGGGCUGCUGCGUGAGAUUGUUGCGCGUCGCCAUGAUCUGAAAUUGAUCGUUACGUCCGCCACCAUGGACUCGACCAAGUUUGCCACGUUCUUUGGCAACGUGCCCACAUUCACCAUCCCGGGACGCACGUUUCCCGUCGAUGUGAUGUUCAGCAAGAACGCUUGCGAGGAUUACGUGGAGUCCGCCGUGAAGCAGGCGCUGCAAGUGCACUUGACGCCCAACGAGGGCGACAUGCUCAUCUUUAUGCCCGGCCAGGAGGACAUCGAAGUCACGUGCGAGGUGCUCGAGGAGCGUCUCAGCGAAAUCGAUAAUGCACCCGAGCUGAGUAUACUGCCCAUCUACUCACAGCUGCCAUCGGAUCUUCAGGCGAAGAUCUUUCAGAAAUCCGCAGAUGGUGUGCGCAAAUGUGUGGUGGCCACCAACAUAGCAGAGACAUCGCUGACCGUCGAUGGCAUCAUCUAUGUGAUUGACUCCGGCUACUGUAAGCUGAAGGUCUACAAUCCAAGGAUUGGCAUGGAUGCCCUGCAAAUCUAUCCCAUCUCGCAGGCGAAUGCCAAUCAGCGUUCCGGACGUGCUGGACGUACAGGUCCUGGUCAGGCGUAUCGCCUCUACACCCAACGUCAGUACAAGGACGAGUUGUUGGCGCUCACAGUGCCCGAGAUUCAGCGCACCAAUUUGGCCAAUACGGUGCUGCUGCUCAAAUCGCUGGGCGUCGUCGAUCUGCUGCAGUUUCAUUUCAUGGAUCCGCCGCCUCAGGAUAACAUACUCAAUUCGCUGUAUCAGCUGUGGAUUUUGGGUGCCCUGGAUCACACGGGUGCGCUGACCACGCUGGGCAGGCAGAUGGCCGAAUUUCCGCUGGAUCCGCCGCAGUGUCAAAUGCUGAUCGUCGCCUGCCAAAUGGAGUGCAGCUCCGAGGUGCUCAUCAUAGUUUCCAUGCUGUCGGUGCCCUCGAUCUUCUAUCGCCCCAAAGGACGCGAGGAGGAGGCGGAUGGAGUGCGUGAAAAGUUCCAGGUGCCGGAAUCGGAUCACUUGACCUACCUCAAUGUGUAUCUGCAGUGGAAGCAGAACAACUACAGCUCCACGUGGUGCAACGAGCACUUUAUACACAUCAAGGCGAUGCGCAAGGUGCGCGAGGUGCGACAACAGCUCAAGGAUAUCAUGACCCAGCAGAAGAUGAACGUCAAGUCGUGCGGCACCGAUUGGGACAUUGUGCGCAAGUGCAUCUGCUCCGCCUAUUUCUACCAAGCGGCGCGUCUCAAGGGUAUCGGCGAGUACGUGAAUUUGAGGACCGGAAUGCCUUGUCAUUUGCAUCCAACGUCAGCGCUCUAUGGACUGGGAACAACACCGGAUUAUGUGGUGUAUCACGAGCUGAUUAUGACCGCCAAGGAGUACAUGCAAUGUGCCACCGCUGUGGAUGGCUAUUGGUUGGCCGAGCUGGGUCCGAUGUUCUUUUCGGUGAAGGAAACAGGACGCAGUGGACGGGAUAAAAAGAAAUUGGCUGCGGAGCACGUGAAGGAGAUGGAGGAGCAAAUGUUGCAGGCGCAGCACGAGAUGGAGGAGCGCAAACAGCAGGCAGCACAACGCGAAGAGCAACUGGCAGCCAAACAGGAGAUUGCAACGCCAGGCAAUGCAACGCCACGUCGCACUCCAGCGCGCAUCGGUCUCUAGACGACCGCAGCGAUUAACAACCAAUUAUUAUUACUUUAUACAUACAUAUAUUUUCAUUUGCAUUUGUAUACACAAUUAUCCAAAAGUGUUUUUUUUUUCUGUUUUAAUAAAUAAGCCAAAAGAUUUGGAGCAAAGCGAGCAAAUGAUAUUGACAUAGCUGAGAAGCAGUUGCUGUCACCUCCAGCACACAAUGAGCAUUGUCCACCACCUGAUACGUAUCCCGGCACAUGCAUUCGCCCCAUUUGCACUCUAGCUGCAAGGGUUCAGCGGACUCCUGGCAAUCCUCUUGGCGGCGACAAUAAGCACCAUAGGCAACAUCUGGUGCACAAAUCGUGUCAUUUUCACUGCUGAUCUUGGUAUAAUGCUUGGCACUGCAGAGGCAGGUGUUGUUGGUACAGGCGGCACCGUUGCCCAGCGUCAGUUUGCAUUGGGCGUUGGUGGUGCAAUUGUGGCCAUAAGCAACGCCAGGCAAGCACAUGGUCAUGUUGGGGUUGUGAACGUGUCCAGCGAUGCAGGCGCACUUCUCCAGCUUGGGCAGGCAAAUGGCAUCGAGGGCACUGCACACGGUAUCGUUGCGACAGCUGACAUCUAAGAUGAGAGCAGGUGGUGAAUGGGAAUACAUAUUGCCUGGCAUAUAAAGCAAAACUUACCCAAUAAAGCGACACAACGUUGCUCAUGCUUAUCAAAGUGUUCCUUGCACAUGCAACUCUUCUGUGACGGGUGGCACACGGCCGCUCUAUCCUUGGCCUGGCAUUGCUUCGUCAACUCACAUGCAUCGUCGAGUGCCACGGCUUGUGGUAUGCAGCGUCGUUUAUCUUCGCUGGGCAUGUAACCUUCGCCACAGUAGCAUUGUUCGGUUAAGUGUUCGCAUACGGUAAACGGCUGGGUGCAUGUGUGUUCCUUUGUGCAGGCUCCACCGAUGAUGUUACUGUACUUGAGUUCCUUGGGCUUGCAGGUUACAUGUUCGUUGCCCUCGGCGGAGGCGGUGCAUUGGCAAUGCGAGUCAUGGCAUUUGGCAUGUUCGUAUUGCUGGCAAUCGGUAUCGUUGUGGCAGCCUAGCUCGAGCAAAUCGUUGGCCAAUGCUGCAUUUGGCAGCCA